UGCGGCUAGCCAGUGCGGCGGGACUUGGAAACGUACCACUCACUACUAGCAGUACUCCCAUGCAUGCUGCCGUCGACCUCAAUGCGCCUGGCUUCACAUGCUUCUUACUGUUGUUGUCGUUUCCCUGUCCCUGGCCGUCCGUCUCCGUUCACGCGCAGUGGACAUGUGUGAUUUCUACUAAACUACACACCGGGUAGAAAGAGGCAUGGCCUCCAGGUUGGUGUUGGUCAUUGGUGAUCUGUUCAUCCCAGAUCGGGCGCCGGAAAUCCCAGCAAAGUUCCGAAAACUCCUGGCUCCCGGAAAGAUCGGACAAGUCGUCUGCCUGGGCAACAUCACGGACAAGGAGACGUACGAUUUCCUCCGUCAGAUUGCGCCGGAUCUACAUAUUGUCAAAGGCGAUUUCGACACCGAAGCGACAAGCCUGACGCUCUCAAAAGUCGUACAACAUGGUGGCCUGCGCAUCGGCUUCACGCAUGGCCAUACUAUCAUCCCCCAGGGAGAUGCUGAUGCACUGUUGAUUGCUGCACGGCAGAUGGAUGUCGACGUUCUACUUUGGGGCGGCACACACAAAUUCGAAGCAUAUGAGCUGGAGGGCAAGUUCUUUGUGAAUCCGGGCAGCGCCACGGGGGCUUUCAGCACGAGCUGGCUUGCUAUCGAUGAGGAACCGAUACCUAGUUUCUGCUUGUUGGAUAUCCAAGGUGAUGUCCUCGUCCUAUAUGUCUAUCAGUUGAGAACGGACGACAACGGGAAUGAGAAUGUGGCUGUGGAAAAGGUGUCUUUCCGAAAGCCGGCACCGGUAGAGGCCUGAUGGGCCUCUCAUAUUAAGCAACUUCGACAGAAUACUUAUGAUGCGGAUGGAACUUAGCUGCCACUACUGCAUAGCAAAGUCGUCGUCAAGGGCCAAAAAAUGAUGCCAUGAUGAAAGGAGCUCCGUCCAUCAGUCACCAUACUCGCCGCAGGACAAUGUCUCUCUUGUUGAUCAAAUGGACGGAAAGUUAUACAGCGCUCUAGUAUUACCCAGCUGCAGACUUGGGGCGUGGGAGCGGCAGCACCUCGAGCAAUUUCAAACAACUCGCCGCAGAUCACGGGAAACUCCAGCAUUGGAAGGGGGCGAAGAUGUGAAGGUCUGUUUUCCUUGCUGUUACUUGCCACACCAGAAUUAUGAGAGACAUCGUGACAGCUCUCUACUGUCAAUUGCGACUUGGUGUUGGUAGUUUACGGCAACGCACCCCUUCAAGCAGUCCUGACAGUCCGAGCCACCCGAACAGAUAGCAUGAUCCCAUGUCUAACCCUGCAACGAGAUUGCAACUUCAACGGUCUUGACCCAUCUCAGACGUGCCUCUGGCAGUUCAUCUUCUUUGUACAUUGGUCUUUUUCUCUUGUUCCUCCUCCUGGUUUUCUUCACUGGUGUAUUUCCC